GGGUGUUGGCGCCACUCCCUCCCUCCGAGGCGCCUUCCCCGCUAGCUGGAGGGCGGGCAGCGGGAACUCUGCGCCUCCCCCAGGGGAUCCGGGGAGCGGAGCCUUGGCCCGGCGAGCGGAUUCCCGGUCCUGGAGUCCCGGGGGCUGCGCAGGCUCCGCGGCGGCAGCAGACAGCCAAAUGGAUCCUCCUCACCCCAAAACAAGCUUUCCGUCUGCAUAUAACCCACAGUUUCCACCGGCAGCAUUCCAAGGACCUACAGGACAAACUGGCUACUCUGGGCCCCAGGGUACCUAUUUAGCACCCCAGGCUGGCUAUCUUGGGUCUUAUAAUGCUUAUCAAGGUCCCCCAGCUGGCUCACCAAUCCCACCAGGACCUGGACAUCCUGGGUUUCCUGUGCAGAGUCAGCCAGGAUAUGGUCAGCUGGCGGGACCCACAGGUACACCGUGGAUGCCAGCCCCACAACCGCCAUUGAACUGCCCACCUGGACUGGAAUAUUUAAGUCAGAUAGAUCAGAUUCUGGUUCACCAGCAAAUUGAACUUCUGGAAGUGUUAAUAGGCUUUGAAACUAAUAAUAAAUAUGAAAUUAAGAACAGCCUUGGACAGAGGGUUUACUUUGCAGUGGAAGAUAACGAUUGCUGUACUCGAAAUUGCUGUGGACCGUCUAGGCCUUUUAAUUUGAAGAUUCUUGAUAAUUUGGGCCGAGAAGUCGUAACUAUGGAGAGACCACUAAGAUGUAGCAGCUGUUGUUUUCCCUGUUGCCUUCAGGAGAUAGAAAUCCAGGCUCCUCCUGGUGUUCCCAUUGGUUACGUUACUCAGAAGUGGCACCCUUGUCUGCCUAAGUUUACUGUUCAGAAUGAGAGGAGAGAGGAUGUGCUAAAAAUAAUUGGUCCAUGUAUUGUGUGCAGUUGUUGUUCAGAUAUUGAUUUUGAGAUUAAAUCUCUUGAUGAACAAACUGUGGUUGGCAAGAUUACCAAACAGUGGUCUGGGAUUGUAAGAGAGGCAUUCACAGAUGCCGACAACUUCGGGAUCCAGUUUCCUUUAGACCUGGAUGUGAAAAUAAAAGCUGUGAUGCUUGGUGCAUGUUUCCUCAUUGACUUCAUGUUUUUUGAAAGUACUGAUAACCAGCAACAAAAAUCAGGAGUAUGGUAGUGGAUUCAUGAAAGUGUCCUCAGAAAAUCUGAAGUGUUCAUGUUGAGUGAGGAUCUCUAAAAGGAAAAAAAAAUAUGUAUUGUUAUCACUGCUAUCUGUAAGACUUAGGGUGUGAUGUCUGUAGAUCUAGUUGUAUGAGUUCACUUUCGAAUUACAGUCUGCUUUCUGUAUCUGUCAUAUAAAUGUAUAUUUAUACAUUUUUAAAUAUCACUGUGAAUCUGGGAUAAAGGGCAUAGGAGAUUGCUGUCUCAUUUUCUAUUUUAUAACACAAUCAAAGCUUUAUUAAACUUUAA